UAUUUCCCCUUUUUUGAGAAAUUACCUAACUAUCCUCAAUUACUCCUGCGUAUAAUGUAAAUCUCAUUCGUAUAAUCAGUUCAUCUUCCAAACCCUGCACGCGACCUUUCUUCUCCCCCCCACCAAAGCGACGUCUUCAACUAUCAGGUGUUUUUUUAUGGAAGAUGAUAUGGAUGAUAUGGAAAAUAAUUCAUUUACACCAACUUGGGAGAAUGGGACAGAAUCACCAAUAUUGCUUGAGAAUGUUGUUGGCCAAGGAUCAACUAAGUACAAGAUAAAAUUAAAAUACGGAGGUUACUUUCGGUUAGCUAAGAACUCAUACAAAAAACGUUAUUGUUUUGGCUUUCAAAAAUGUCUUAACAUUGACACUUGCAUAUACGACUUUGAUGAUUUGAAUGAAGAGGUUGCCACUCAUUAUCCUCCGGAUCCGGAGCUAUCCUUUUCAAUUUUUUAUAUCGACAAAUACGCUACUAAGCAAAAAUUUGUGAAGGUUGAUUCGAAUGACAACUUUAAAUUGAUGCUUAGUAUGUACGAAGUUGAGAAAGAAUUAACCAUUUAUGUGACGAUGAAUAAUAAUGUCGAGCCAAGCUCAGUGCAAGAAAGGGAAUCAGAUGAUGCUCAUGAUGAAGAAGAUGAGGAGGAUGAAUCAGUAACUUUUAGUACAGAUGAUGAAGUUGGGCGUGCAAGUUCCGAACCGGUAACUGUUAGCAGCAAGAAUGGAACUAUUAAAGUUAACUCCACGUUUGAAAAUGUGGUAGAGUUUAGAAGAGCGUUGUCCCAUUAUGCAAUCAUGAAUGAAUUUGCAUACUUUAGUGAGAAAAGUGAACCUACACGGGUCACAGCAAGGUGUAGUGACUUACAAUGCAAAUGGAGGAUACAUGCUUCUGUUAUGCAAGACGGAAUUUCAUUUGAAGUUAAGAAAUUGGUCGAACCACAUUCUUGUACUAGAAGCAACAAAGGUGCUAAUAAGGUGGCAACACAAGGAUGGGUUGCAAGUGUGGUUAGAGAUAAGUUGAAGUGCCAUGGGGAUGUCUCAAUUAAAGAACUCCACAAGUGGGUUAAGAUAAAUUUCAAUGUUGAUCUACCCUACAUGAAAAUCUUUCGAGGUAAAGAACAAGCUUAUAGUGAUUUGUACGGGAAUUGGGAAGACUCAUUCAUAAAGACGAAUGCUUUUAAAGAGGAACUAUUAAGGCGAAACCCGGGAAGCGUUGUCGAAGUUGACAUUGAGACUAAAGGUAAUAAGAAACUAUUUUUACGCUUUUUUGUUUCACUACUAGCUUGUUGGAAGGGGUUUCUUGUUGGUUGUCGUCCCUAUAUUUCUCUAGAUGCAUGCCAUCUAAAAGGCAAGUUUAAUGGGGUACUAGUCGCUGCUAAUAGUGUUGAUGGUAACAAUUCUAUUUUUCCGGUGGCUUAUGGUGUACUUGAAUCUGAAAACAAGAACUCAUGGAUAUGGUUUCUUGAGUUACUUAAGAAAGCAAUCGGUACACCUAAUGGACUAGUUAUAUCAUCAGAUAUGCAUGGAAUUUAUGUUUUUUGAACGGAAUUUAUGUUUUUUGAACGGAAAUUAUUUUUGAACGGAAUCUAGUUACAGUUUGUAAUUUUUGGUUUUAGUCAACUUUGGAUUUGAUUACUAUAUGGACAUGACAUGGCAGGCACUCAGGCAAAUAGGUUGCCAAACACGCACAUGUACUGUGCAUGUACAUGCACAUAUAGAUUUAUAGUUUUACCUAUUAUUUUAAUGUUUUGAUAACUAUUUUGGAUGGAUAUUGUGCCAUUUAACAUACAAUUCCUACAUACAGACCAUGUUUUAGAAAUGUGCAUAAUAUGAAGAUAAAAAAGACCUAAAAUUAGUCAUGAUUUUAAUAAUAAAGUUAUAUAAAUUGGGUAAAUAUGUAAUUGAUUUUACAUAUCAGAAUGGGGAAAUAUGUAAAUAUUCAUUUACUAGUUCAUUAAGGGUAAAAUUGUCAUAAAUAAGAGUCAUUUUAAUGAAAAGGGGAAAUAUGUAAUAUAUAUCAGUUAGGGAGGGGAAAUAUGUAAUUGAUUUUAUGGUUUGGGUAAAUAUGUAAUAAAGCAGCUUAGG